AUGAAUUGUGAUCAUCAAACUUUAAAAACUCAAUCAAUGUCUGAUCAUUUUACAAAAAUUCUUAGUCGUAUGGAAUUAAAUGAUUUAUGUUCAGAAGAUUCAAUUGAAAAUUCUAAUGAAGAUGAACGUCGAAUAACAAAUGGAGGAAAAAAUGCAUUUGGAACAUUUCUUGAACAAAUGAGACAAGCUAAUAUUGAAAUAUGUGCAUUACAUGAUAUUCUAACAUUAGUUAUGAGUCAUCAUUAUUUUAAUUUAUUUUCAAAUGUUACUAAUAUGGAAGAAAAGGAAGUCCCUCAAUUUCCAUGA